AGUCUGCCACCCCCGCAGAAAUAACGGCAUUGGAUCCAGUUUUUAAGGACUUUACCGAGUUGGGAAUUAGCUGCAACCUUCAACAUGCCGUCCAAGCCUGCCCCAAUCAAGAAGGCGGCUAAGAAAGAACCAGCCAAGAAGGAGGAGAAGGCUCCAGAACCAGAACCAGCACCGGCCCCUGAGCCCGUCCCAGAGGCCCCACCGGCUGAAGCCGCCCCUGCUGAGCCCGAAGCUGCACCUGCCGAGGCGGAGGCCCCUGCUGCCCCGCCAGCUGAGGAGCCCAAAGCUCCCACCCCACCUCCACCCGAUGCUGCCGCCGCUCCACCUGCAGAGGAAGCUGCUCCCGCUGCUGACUCCGAAGCGCCCGCUGAUGCUGAAGCUGCUGAAGCGCCUGCACCAGAGGAGCCUAAAGCACCCACACCUCCACCUCCUCCACCCAAAGAGCCCACAAGUGCCCCAUUGGAUCUGUUUAUUGAGGACAAGAAUGACACUUCAGUUGCUAUCAUUUGGAGCCAGCCAGAGACCGUUGGACCAACCGGUCUGGAUGGAUACACCAUUGAAGUCUGCAAGGAUGGAACUGAGGACUGGAAAGCAGUCAAUGAGGAGCUGCAGAAGUCCUGCCGCUACGUUAUCAAGAACCAGACCACUGGUGACCGUCUGAAGAUCCGCGUGGUGGCUGUGAAUGCUGGCGGCCGCAGCCCCGCAGUCACCCUCCCCGAGGCUGUCCUGGUGAAGGAGGUUGCUGAUCGUCCCAAGGUCCGUUUGCCUCGUUACCUCAGGCAGAGAUAUGUCGCUAAUGUUGGAGAUAAGAUCAACCUGACCAUCCCCUUCACAGGAAAACCCAAACCUGUGGUGACCUGGACAAAGAAUGGUCAGCCCUUGGACACAAAGAGGGUGAACAUCCGCAGCACCGAAAGAGACAGCAUCCUGUUUAUCCGUACUUCCGAGAGAGAUGACUCUGGAGUGUAUGAGAUGUGUGUGAAGGUGGAUGACUUCGAGGACAAGGCUUCCCUCAUCCUUCAAAUUGUUGAGCUGCCAGGGCCUCCUGCCACUGUAAAAGUUGUGGAUACCUGGGGCUUCAAUGUUGCUCUGGAAUGGACUGCACCCACCGACACAGGAAACACAGUAAUCACAGGUUACACAAUCCAGAAGGCCGACAAAAAGACUGGAGACUGGUUCACUGUGGUGGAGCAUUACCAUAGACUGAAUGCCACCAUCUCUGACCUCAUCAUGGGCAACACCUACAAGUUCAGAGUGUUUUCUGAGAACAAGUGUGGAAUUAGCGAGAGCGCCACUGUUGCAAAGGAGGAGGCCAAGAUCCUAAAGACAGAUAUUGACUACAAGCCUCCUGAAUACAAGGAACACGACUUCGCAGAGCCACCCAAGUUCACCACCUCUCUGACUGACAGGAGCACCACCACCGGCUACAGCACCAAGCUGCUGUGCUCUGUCAGGGGAAGCCCCAAACCCAAGGUUCAAUGGAUGAAGAACCAGAUGAUUAUUGGAGACGACCCCAAGUACAGGCAGAUCUGCGUGCAGGGUAUCUGCUCUCUGGAGAUCCGUAGGCCCGGUAACUUUGACGGUGGUGUGUACUCCUGCAAAGCUCAGAACGAUCAUGGAGAAGCAACUGUCAGCUGCAAGCUGGAAGUCAAACAGCCAGUAGUUGCAGAUGCAGACAAGAAAUAGGUCAACAUUCACAUUCUCACAGGAGCAGAAGGAAUGGGGCCUUUGCAGCAUAAGGAAUGUACUGGAUUCCUGGAAGAACAUGUAUAUAUGGCUGGUGACCACACUACUGAAGGGUUGUUGCCUGUGGCCCCUUGUCAAGUGUUAGCCUGUGUUACGAUGAACAAUUGUUGUAGCUUUAUGCCUUUAUCAUUCACUACAUUAUAUUAAGUCCAUAUCCAUGUCCACAAUCAGCUUUUUUCCCAACUAUAAUGUCUGGUAACUAAAUUAUCACAUUCUUCAAACACUGUUCCUCCCUAGUUGAUCAUCUUGUCAGUCUAACUAGGUGUACACCAAGAAUUUUACAACUUGGCUUUACUGUUCCUCAUAAGAGAACUACAUAUAACAUCUAUGUGUUUAUAUCAAUAAAUAAUUUAAUUUCUGGU